GAGCCUGGCAAAGUGAAGAGGAUCUAGUUGAUUUAGAAAAGCACGUUGCUUGAUAUCGCCGAUAUUAACGUGUUUUUAGGUGGCAUUAUAAGCUAAUUUACACGUCGUCUAGUAGACUGUUGAGAGCAUUUUUUUUUUUGCCACAAUGACAACGCUAUGUUUGCUUUUCAUGAGCUUAUCGUUAGCCUUAUUAGCUGCAGAACCGACCGUUUAUUUCAGAGAGCAGUUUGAAGACGGGGAUGCUUGGAAAAGCCGAUGGCUGGAAUCCACCCACAAAUCCGACUAUGGCAAGUUUGUGCUGUCGGCUGGCAAAUUUUAUGGCGAUGCAGAGAAAGACAAGGGCCUUCAGACCAGCCAGGAUGCUCACUUUUAUGCCAUCUCAUCUCGGUUUGAGGACUUCAGCAAUAAGGACCAGCCACUGGUUGUGCAGUUCACAGUGAAACAUGAGCAGAGCAUAGACUGUGGAGGAGGCUACAUUAAGCUUUUCCCAUCAAGCCUCAAGCAAGAGGAAAUGCAUGGAGAGUCCACAUACAAUAUAAUGUUUGGUCCUGAUAUCUGUGGCCCUGGCACUAAAAAGGUUCAUGUCAUCUUCAAUUAUAAGGGCAAGAAUCAUUUGAUCAACAAAGACAUCAGGUGCAAGGAUGAUGAAUACACCCACCUGUACACGCUAAUUGUUAACCCAGACAACACAUAUGAGGUGAAGAUCGACAAUAAAAAAGUGGAGUCUGGAUCUCUCGAGGAUGAUUGGGACUUUUUGCCCCCAAAGAAGAUCAAGGAUCCAGAAGCAAAGAAGCCUGAAGACUGGGAUGAGCAGGAGAAGAUUGAUGACCCUGACGAUAAAAAACCUGAGGACUGGGAUGAGCCUGAAACCAUUCCUGAUCCUGAUGCCAAAAAACCUGAUGACUGGGAUGAAGAGAUGGAUGGAGAAUGGGAGCCUCCCAUGAUUACCAACCCUGACUACAAGGGUGAAUGGAAACCAAAACAGAUUGACAAUCCUGCCUACAAAGGUAAAUGGGUUCACCCUGAAAUUGACAACCCUGAAUACACUCCUGAUUCUGAGAUCUACAAAUACAGCAGCAAUGGAGUGAUUGGACUGGACCUGUGGCAGGUGAAGUCUGGCACCAUUUUUGACAACUUUCUCAUUACCAAUGACCCAAAACUGGCUGAAAAGAUUGCUGAUGAGUCUUGGGGUGCCACAAAGGAUGCUGAAAAAAAGAUGAAAGAGAGUCAAGAGGAGGAAGAGAGAAAGAAACGUGAAGAAGAGGACAAGAAAAGGAGUGAAGAGGCAAAGGAUGAAGCUGAUGAAGAAGAGAAAGAUGAAGAGGAGGACGAGGAGGAGGAAGAUGAUGACGAUGAUGAAGAAGAUGACGAGGAAGGAACAGACUCUAAUCUUAAGGAUGAGUUGUAGACUUGAAAUGAAACUCCUGCUAUGCCUCCUAUUCUCAUUGGAGAACUGUGGCAGAGACAUGUUGAACAUUCCUUUGUUUCUCAGCUCAGACAUUUAACAUUCAGUUCUGGUGCUGCAAACAUAUUUAUAACUAUACCAUACUUCAUUGAGCUUCGUCAGCAUAACCAUAACACCAUAAAGUGGUGUUCAGAGGAUAUGAAAUAAGAGGAAAUGCAUACCUUUUUGUAACGAAUAGUGAUCAUGUACGGGACCGGGAAAUUAUGUAACAUUGAUAAAAGAAGGCUAAAAAAAAAAGAUGGUCCACAAUACCUCUAUGAACCACUACUGUG